AUGGACAAUGUUCUUUCAUUGUCGGCAAAGUACUCAACACCGAAGAUGCACACCAGGUUGAGAGGGCUCAGUAGGGGGCGAUGCGCGCUGGACAUGGAAGCGACGCGCAUCGACAUCGAGCUCGCACUCGAGGAUCUCAAGAAACCUUCCGGAAAGGAGGUGGAAGGAGCAGGAGCGAGCACGAGGGAGGUAGAGAUCAUCCUCCUCUCCGUCGCCUCCGCCCUGCAUGUAGCGGAAGACAUGGACCAGACGUUCGAGCAUCUCAUCCUCCAGUGCGACAAGAAACGAGAUCGCUCCCUCUUCCUCCGCUCCACUCUCGCUGCUGCCAUCGGGAGGGUGAGGAGGAGCAUAGCAGCGCUGGAGGGCGCGGCGAGCGCAGAGCAGCUACUCAACGGUGGGAACAUGCUGAUGGUAACGCUAGAGAGCCUGUCCUCCUGCGGAGACUUCGAGGAGAUGAACGAGUUUGUGAGUACCGUCAGACUCCCCAAGACCCCGUCGAGCUUCGACCCCCAUCACUGGAUGCAAGUAGGAGCAGCAGCUGCGAGGAAAUCGCUCGAGACGUCCCUGAUGCUCAUCGAAUAUCUUCCUCAGGCAAAGAACCUCAUCGGCUCCGCCUCCCGCGGUUUCUUCGCCGUCUUCUCAUCUACCUUCUCUGCUACCAAGAGCUUUGUACGGGACCACCUCGAAGAACCUGCGAGGGAGAUCUACAAGGAGCUGUUUUAUCCUCACGGGGAUGGGCUGAAUGCCUGGCGGCACCAGGCUCAGAUCUCCAGAGAGUCGCUCGAGCGGAUGAUUCAUACGUUCAGUAGCAAGCUCGGAAAUGUCAAGUUGCAGAGAAUGGAUUCAAACGCUGGCCUUGACCUUGUUGCAAGGAUCUAUGAAGAACAGAUGAUGAUGAUGGAGAUGAUGAUGAUGGAGAUGAUGAUGAUGGAGGUGAUGAUUAUGGAAAUGAUGAUGAUGGAGGUGAUGAUUAUGGAAAUGAUGAUGAUGACGAUGAUGAUGAUGCCGAUGAUGACGACGACGACGACGAUGAUAGUGGUGGUGGUGAUGAUGGGGACAACUUUUGUGUAUGUGGUUCAGUGA